AUGAUGUCAACUGCCCCAACGGGUGGUUUUGGCGGCUUUGGCGCCGCGGCGAAGGGUGGUUUUGGAGCAGUGACGGCGACGGGAGGUACUGGCUUUGGAACUGCAGCAACGGGGAGUACAGGCAACUUUGGUGGCUUCGGAACCGCAACGGGGAGUGGUUUUGCUGCCGUUACAACCACUGGCACAUUUGGUGGAUUCGGUGCUGGUAAGGGUUUCGGCACGACUGUUGCUACCCCCGCUCAGCCUCACCUUCCUCAGUACAAGGGUAUUAAAGGUCCAGGUUCAUCGACCGAAUGGCUUCAUGGUGUUAACCUUUCCAUCCUUCGUGAUGACGUCGUAUUUGAAGACCUUCCCGUUCCUCUGCAGCAGCAUCUCACAGACUUUCACAACUUCAUACAAGCGGAACACGAUGCUAAGCAGGUUGUUGAGGCCUUUUUGACGGAUUCCGCAACACCGAAUGCAACUCCUGCACCUAGCUAUAGAGAGUUGGUUAAAAAGAUGAAUCAACUCGCAAGUGGGGAGAACGCUGUUGAUGGCAUUCGUGUGGAGUGUUUUGAACGUGAGGUUCAAGCGCAUCGGCUCGGACAAACCCUGGAUAAAUGUGAGGACGACAUCCUUGACUAUAUGAAGAAUGUUUGGAAGCCGCUUUCUGAGAUUGAUUUUACGCAGCGUGCUGGUGGUAACAGGCCAAAACCCGCAUCUGAGCCAUUUCAACGUAUUCUUCGUGAAAUUCAGGGAUGCAUGGACGCCAUUUCGGCAGCUGUCUCUGAGUUGGAGGCCGCGGUGGUGCCCUGUGGUCGGCGGGUGAGGGGUCCAGUUACCGAUGAUGCCAGCAGGAGUAACGCCGCACCGGAGCCGCCUUGCGCCUCUGCCUCCGAGUUUCUUACAAAACUUACUGGUGGUGUAGAAUUGCCUGAUGUUCCGCCACCUGGAUUGGGCUCGGCUGCGUCGGCACAUCCCGUUUCUCGGAUAAACGCAUCUCUGAGCAACCAGUUAACAACCCUUCUGAAUUUGGCCGCGUGGACACUGCGGCUUCACACGAGGGCUGAUAGCGCCCGCGAUCUCUUUGUUCACAACUACGGGACAUCAGAGGCGGAGUUGCUUCUUGCUCAGCAGCAUCAGCAAGCAGAGUCGUCUGCGGGGCCUCGGAGACCAUUUUUGUUGCCUUCCUCUACCGGUGCAGCGGCGGCGGAGGUUAACCAAGACACUGUGGGUGAUAUUCAUAGGCGUUCUGCCUUUCCUCACCGCUCAAAGGCCUUGUCCAACGGGGAACGCAAGAUGCAGUACGAUGUUCUUCUCGAGCGAAAGUAUCAAACAGCCGCCCCGGCAGCUGCACCACUGUCAACAGCAACUGCUUCCGGUACCGCUUCUUCAGUUGCCGGAGCGACUCUUGGCGCAACAUCGUCAACCUCCACCAUAGCUACCGGUUUUGGCGCUCCCCAGUCUUUAGGUACAAUCGGAGGCGCCACCAUAUUUGGUGCGGGGACCUCUGCUGCUGACCCAAGGAAGACCCUGAACAAAACCGGUCGCUCAUAA